GGAGUAUGGUAGCAUUCUGAUAACUCUUUCUCUGUUUGGAGUUCCGGUCAUUUUUCCAAAACGCCCGACCCCCCUCGUCAUCUAAUGUCCGCCCCAACUGGUAGAGGGUGCUGCUAAUCUGGCUUCUUCCCUGCGCGAACCGUACAAUACCGUACAUCUGACAUACUCAUCGCCUAAAUCUUCCCGUCCGCUGUGCCUUUGGGCGCGGCUUUGUUAGCUAUUGAAGUGUCCCGUCUGCCAAGGAAGAAGAUUUGAGCUCAAAAUUUGGAUUUCAGGUUACACCCAGAUUUCCUCGUAAAACUGGAGAGGUUGAUGAUAGUGGCCACACCAUUGCCGGUGCUGCUCGCGUGGUUCCUUUAAAGGUGAGCUCAGGGCCCGCACCAGAGCGAGGCCAGGCUUCCCUCUAUCAAGUCUCUCUUCUGCCCUUUUCCUUAUAUCCUUCGCUUCAUCCCUUUCAUUCCAUUAACUCCUCUCCUUUACAUGCACUUGCUACAAUGAUUUCUCCCAUUUCUUCCAUCGGCCUACUAGGGCUUAGCACUUACUUCGGCGCACUGGUCGGUUCUACAGCAAUUCCCCCAAAUAAUAUUUUUUCUAGACAAUCUACUACCCCCGAUGGUACUUGUGGUGUCCAAAACUCUGGCAAUGGGAGAGGCUAUAGAUGUACAACUGGCUCCUCAGCGUGUUGUUCUCAGUGGGGAUGGUGUGGAGAUGGCUCAGAGUAUUGUGGGAGUGGCUGUCAACCGAGUUACGGGAGCUGUGGUAGUACUGGAGGAGGCAACCCUCCCGGAGGUGGAGGCAACCCUCCCACCACCGGGGGACGUACGAAGCCUGGCAGUGUCCCUUACGGGACUGUAAUAUCGAGUUGCACUGCUGGAGGUGUUGUUGCCCUGACAUUUGAUGAUGGUCCCUACACCUAUACCUCGAACCUAUUGGACCUUCUUGCGCGGUACGGGGCUAAAGCAACAUUCUUCGUCAACGGCCAAAAUUGGGGAGCACCGAUUACCGACCCUUCAAAGCAAGACUUGCUUAGGAGAAUGGUCAGUGACGGACACCAAAUUGGUUCACACACAUGGUCGCAUCCUGCCUUGAGCUCUUUGUCUACCGCCGACAUGACUACACAAAUGACCUCGCUCGAGAGUGCAAUCGCCACUGCGAUCGGGAGAUAUCCCACAUACAUGCGUCCUCCUUACUUUGAUUGCAAUAGUAAUUGUUUAGGCGUCAUGGAUUCACUUGGAUAUCAUGUAAUUUUCUCAAACUUGGAUACUCUCGACUGGGCAAAUCAAGGAAACAUCCAGGCUUCGAAGGACAUAUUUAGCCGGAAUGUGGCUUCCGGUAGCCUCGUUUUGGCACAUGAUGUGCACCCCGACACAGUCGGCACCUUAGCGGAACACAUGAUUGUGGAAUCACAGAACCGGGGACUGAGACUUGUCACCCUCGGCGACUGUCUUGGAGAUCCAGCGGAAAACUGGUACAGAACUUAGGGAGUUGCGGAUCGCGUGCCAAGCCCCCAGGCUCCAGCGGGCAAGGGCGUUAAUAUAUAUGCAUAGUAUGGUGGCUUUUGUUAAGUGUGGGAGCGGAUUUCUUUUCCUACUCAUAAUACCCAUGCAAGAUCGUUGUGGUGGUGGAGCGUUGAUAUUUAUGUUUUUCAUUUCUCUCAUUUUUCUCCAUAGUUAUCUUAUGUUGGUACCUCUAAUAGUAAGUCACAUCAUAACUCA